AUGGUCAAAGUAUUGCUUGCCAUCAGUUCUUACCACGGAAAGUUCUACCCAGAAGGCUCCCGCACUGGUGUUUAUCUCACUGAGGUUUUGGAACCAUAUUUAGAGUUUACUAAAAAAGGUUAUGAAGUAACUAUUGCUUCAGAAACUGGAACAUUUGGCUGGGACAGUCACAGUGUGCUUCUUGAAGGUUUAACGCUCCACCUUGGAAACAUUUACACUGCCUUUUUCAACAAAAACUCGGCAUUCAACAAAGCAAUGAAGAAUGUGAAAAAGGCAUCUGAUGUCGAAGAUGAGAAGUUUGACAUAUUUUUCGCUAGUGCUGGACACGCAACUUUAUUUGAUUACCCCAAAGCAAAAUCAUUACAGAAAAUUGCUGCUACAACAUAUGAUAAUGGUGGUGUCGUCGCUGCUGUUUGUCAUGGACCCGCUAUUUUUGAAAACCUUAUUGACCCAGCAACGGGUGAACCAUUGAUUAAAGGCAAAAAGAUUACUGGUUUCACAGAUAGCGCAGAGAAAACGUUACAUCUUACAAACACAAUCAAGAAGCAUAACUUGGUCACAAUGGAGGGUGUUGCCAAAAAGGAAGGAGCUACUUAUGUUGCUCCACCAGGUGAUUGGACCCCGUUUACUGUAAUUGAUGGUAGAAUCGUGACUGGUCUUAAUCCACAGUCUGCUACCAAGGGUGCCAAAGAUACCAUUGCCACUUAUGAAAAGACGAGGAACCAAACGACCAAAUAA